CUGUCAAGCAAACAGACGUACAAUAUCAUAGUGCGAGGCAAUGCGAGCGGGUUCUACGGCUUUGAAGAUGGCUUGCUACGGGGCGAGGUAGAGGCGCGCGGGCGCGGCACGGAGCCGGGGCUGGCCCUGCACUCCACGCUGCCGCCCGCCGCGCCCGACCACGUCCACACGCUCAUCCUCAUCCUCAAGGGGCUCGUCUUCGUCACCAUCAUCCUCGGCGCGCUGCUCGGCAACGCGCUCGUCAUCAUCUCCGUGCACCGCCACAGGAAGCUGCGCGUGCUCACCAACUACUACGUCGUCAGUCUGGCGGUAGCUGACAUGCUCGUCGCGCUCUGUGCCAUGGCCUUUAAUGCCAGCUCUGAACUAACAGACACGUGGCUCUUCGGUCCGCUCGUGUGUGAUAUAUUCAACUCGCUCGACGUCUACUUCUCCAGCGCGUCCAUCCUCCACUUGUGCUGCAUUUCAGUAGACAGAUAUUACGCUAUCGUGCGACCGUUGGAGUACCCGGUUACUAUGACGCACAGGACCGUGUGUUUUAUGCUCGCGAAUGUGUGGCUGUGGCCAGCUUUCAUCAGUUUCGUGCCAAUAUUCAUGGGCUGGUACACGACCGAGCAGCACCGGCAGUACAGAAAGGCCCAUCCAGACGUUUGUAUCUUCAAAGCAAACAUGGUGUACGCUAUAAUUUCUUCGAGCGUGUCGUUUUGGAUACCGAGUCUGGUGAUGAUAUCGAUGUACUGUAAGAUAUUUAGAGAAGCAAUACGACAGAGAGAAGCGUUAACAAGAACAUCAUCGAAUAUUCUGCUCAAUUCUGUUCACCUGAAGCACACAUCACACGCGGCUCACCAUUCGCACUAUUUACAUCCGGAUAGAAGACCUUCAGAUAUAAGUCCGAAUUACAGUACAUUUACGGAAGUUGGGCCGGAGGAGAAUGAGUUGGGGAAUGAGGUGGUUUUAGCGCUCAGUGAUAUAUGUCCUAGCAAAGAGGCGAGUCCGAGGAAGUCGGUGAACGUGAGCUGUGAUACGGCGAGCUCGGGGUACUGCUCGAGCGGCUCGCACAAGCGCUCGUCCAGCGGGCUGCCGCCGGGCAGUUGGCGGCCGAGCUGCGCGUCUACUGCCGCUACUAAAGACCUGGCAAAGGCAGCUACUGAGUUAAACUCACAAGGUGCAAGUUUGCGCGCGGCGGGCAAGUCGUGGCGCGCGGAGCAUAAAGCGGCGCGCACACUGGGCAUCAUUGUCGGCGCUUUUCUGUUGUGCUGGCUGCCGUUCUUUCUGUGGUACGUGACAACAAACGUGUGCGGCGAGCCGUGCGACACGCCGGACGUGGUCGUCGGCGUCCUGUUCUGGAUCGGCUACUUCAACUCCGCCCUGAACCCUCUCAUCUAUGCCUACUUCAACCGCGACUUCCGAGACGCCUUCAAGAACACUCUCAUGUGCGCCCUGCCCUGCUGCUUUCAUUGUUGGAAAGACACGAGUAACGCGCACUUCGUCUGAUCCUGCGAUUUUUAGUCGCACACUUUUAACACCAUUAUGAUGUUUGGUUAAGCUUUGUACUAUGUUAAGUAAAGGACUGUGAUUUUCAUUUUUCAUGUAAGCGUUAAGGUUUCCUAGUCUACAAGUUGUAUAAGAUAUGGCAAGAUUUGAAUAUCAUUUAUUUAAUUAUUAUAAGCGAAACGUUUGUUGAUCAUAUCAAUUUUAUUUCUACGUUUUAGUGUUCUUGUGUAUUAUAUAGAAUUAAUUUGAGAAUUUUAUUUAGUGUAAUUGGUAGGAGGAUGUGUUCAUUUUAGAAGGCUGAUCGACCAGUGGUUUUAUUUUAUGGCUGAAACGACCUUCUGAAUUGUUUUUACGUCGGAAACAUCUUAUAUAGUCUGGGGUUUUCUCGUGGGAAAGAUAAUUUGUUAAAUUUUUAUUUAUUACUGUACCUAAAGAUACGGUUAUAAACCAACUUGUAUUAUAUUUGGCUACAAAUUACGAUUACUACACUAGACUGGAAUAUUAAGUUAUCCUACAUUUUGUUUUCUAUAUGGCCAAUCCCAAUAUUGGCCUUAACGAUCGAGUUUUGUGAAAAUCGUUUCAGCCGUUUAGUAUCGGAUAGUUUUGCUAUGACUUUUUUGAUCGUUGUGAAACGUGAUUUUGUUAAGUAUUAUUUGCUUGUGCGUAAUUUUAGUGAACAGUAGUUGCUCAAAUGUAAAUGCAAUAACUUACACUAAGUUAGUGUUAUUAUAAGUAAUUAUAAUAAAAAUUACUAUUAAUUGUGAAGUUAAUGUAUAGGU